UGUUCGUCAUUUAGUCGUCACAUUUUGCUCGGUUUUCUUUCCAAUUUGGUAUCGUAUCUUGGUUCACCGGUAAAGGCCACAGCCACAAUUUGUGUAUUGAAGCACCACCGUUCUUGAUUCUUCUCCAUCACUUCCCAACUGCCAACCAUCAAUUCAGAAGCAAAUGAAGCCUCCAAUUGGCUCCCCCGCCCAACCCAAGAUUGUCCCUUCAACGUCAGGUUAUCUUAUUUCUGCACUUAAUUAAUGCGCCUUGCAUUUCCCAGUGGUUUUGUUCCGUUGCAUCGAUGACUGUGUUCUUCCCUCUUUCGCGCACUACUUCUUUUCUCUGAGCACCAGGUGUUCGACGAAAUGCCUGAACAAUGCUCGUCUUCACCAACGCAUUACCCACUUCUUAUUUCUUCUUCCCAACCGACUUUGGAUAUUUGAGCCCUUCCGUAUUACCCUCCAUUGUUUUUGUUCCCAACUCAAAAUGGGGAUGGAAUUCGCAUCAUAUGGCUGCGACAGAGAGGAAGUGUGCGCUUUCGUUUUCCAAGGGUAUGCUCUAUGGUUGUUCUGGGUUUGUGACAAGGUGUAAAGAUUUGGAUAGAGAAGGGGAUUUCGCAUUGGAGGCGGAGAUAUUGGAGUUUAUGAGAAGCUCAAGAAACCCAGAAGCGUUUCCGAGUAAGAAAGACCUGAUUGAGGCCGGCAGGGAGGAUUUGGUGGAUGCUAUUGUCAAGAAAGGUGGUUGGCUUUGUCUUGGAUGGAAUUUGGACGAGGAAGAAGAUGGGGGUAUUGGACAAUUCUGUCUCGAUGAACGGGAGUCUAUAUUGGCUACUGAUUGGGAUAAUUUUGGAUUAUCCAAUAGUUUAAAGUGUGAUGAAAGUCAGAGAUUUGCGACGCCUCUUUCUCCCAUUGCUUCUUCAUCUACAUCAUCUUCAUUCACCGGUAGAUCACUAGACACUGUUGCUCAGGAUGAGUCUGGGAUUGAGGGUAUGCUGAGUCGAUUGGAAAAAGAAAGAAAUGCGACCUUCGGAGCUGGUAAAAAUGAUUUGCUUCCUGAAACAACAGCAAAGGAGACAGUUGCUGACCUACAAGGAAGCACUAUCAGCACACCGCUGAGUGGCAAACAAGACAAAUGGAGCGAUUUGGGGGUUUGUCUUAGUCAGGGUUCUUCUCCUGUACAACUGAACGGUCUUGGAGGCUCUGUUACCCCUGAGGUGCAGAGAUCUUGGAGCACAUUCAAGACAGAUCUUCAAGAUAAAGACUUUGAAGCUUCUGAAAUUGCUUUGAGCACGGGAAGGAGCGGGGAAGUAUUAGAUGUUCUGAGAUAUGAAUCACUAGGAUAUAGAGGGGAUUCUACCAAUUCAAACUCUAGCGAGAAAGAAAUGAAUCACAAUCAACUACGACGUCACCUUCAGAACAUGGAGUUGGAGCUCUCGUCCGUAAUUGGCUCAUUGAGAUCUAAUGCAUUUGUGUCUGAGAAGGGUCAAAGUAAAUCUUCUGAUGAUUUGCUGGAGCUUUCGGAUGCUUUUGAGUUUCAAGAAAAUGAGAUCCUGAAUGCCAAGGAUAAGCUACGGUCUAUACGAGCAAAGAUAGCCGUGAUAGAAGGAAAGAUGGCACUGACAAUUAUUGAUGCACAAAAGGUGAUAGAGGGGAAACAAAAGAGGAUCAAUUGUGCCCGCAGAGCUUUGCAACUUCUACGUACUGCUUGCGUGGUGUGGCCUAAUUCUGCAUCAGAGGUUCUCUUAGUAGGGUCAUUCGAUGGUUGGUCAACCCAGAGGAAGAUGGAAAGGUCCAGUACGGGGGUAUUCUCCCUGUUCCUAAAGCUGUAUCCUGGAAAAUACGAGAUUAAAUUCAUUGUUGAUGGUCAAUGGAAGAUCGAUCCUUUACGCCCAAUUGUUAACACCAGUGGAUAUGAAAAUAAUCUACUGAUCAUCAUGUAGCAGUUUACACCAGGCCGUUUAUAUUCUUUUUCUUGCCUAGCAAAGAGCCGGGUGCCUCGUCAACUUUCCCCUCUUGUAGCAUAGUCCUUCGAGUUAUACAUGCAUUUCGCUCAACUUCUAGUUUAGUUUUCCUCCAGCCUCCAUCCACGAGUAGUUUUGAUGUAAAAAUAUAGUUAGAUAGAAUAAUUUUUCCACGAGACUCAAUUAGCUCAAUAAAAAUUGUUGAAGACUCAAUUAGCUCAAUAAAAUUUUGUAGUAUUGCUUUU